AUGCUCCGACGGGCAAAGUUUCGUGCAGAUUCACACCCUGUACAGUAUGAUAUUAUGAAGACGCGACGUUGGAUAUUCGAGAAGGGCUAUGGCCCCGGAAGCAAACACAUCGCAAAUGUCUUAGAUCGCUACUCAUUGGUGCCAAGCAGGAGCGCAUUCUCUAUUCGUUUAUCAGAGUUUGACUUCUACCCAAUGUUCGUAGUCGACCUCAUGCAUGAAUUCGAGCUUGGUGUUUGGAAAGCGAUCCUCACACAUCUGCUGCAGAUCCUCUAUGCCGAGGGUAACAACACAAUUCAGAGAUUCAACAAGAGGCACGUAUUGACUGUUCCAACGUUUGGACGAGACACAGUUCGUCGCUUAGGCAACAAUGUGUCAGGCUUGAAAAAGCUUGCUGCGCGUGACUAUGAAGACAUCCUUCAGGUAUAUUUCUCUCCAUUCUGCGCUCAGCAAGGCUCUAAAUAUGAUUGUUUAUGUUGCAGUGCAUAA